AUGAGUCGUAUUAAAUUUUUUAAGGUUGCAUAUUCAAAGAAAGAUGGUCGACUAGUUAAUGAUGUUGUUGCACAAGCCUUGUCAGACAUGGAUGAACUUCCAUCACAAAUGUCAGAUGAAGUUUUCACUCAAGUCAUGGGACCAGAGCGACCAGGAUGUGUUAGAACAUAUGGUUUUGGACCAUCUCCGAGAUAUGUGUUUGGACGUAAAAAAUCAGAAGAGAUGCAAGCAAUGCAGUCCCAACUAGAUGAGGAAUUGAGUAGACAUAAGGCAGAGCGUUAG